AUGCCCGUGCAGUCGAAAGAGGACCCUUUAAUGGUCCUCUACAACCAUUACCUCAACCUCUUUCGCUCCCAUGUCCGGCGCACACCUCGAUCUGUCAAACUUGCCGCUACCGCCGCUCUCGUCCUGUCCAUCCUCUCCUCUAGCUAUGGCGGUUUCAAGUGGUGGCAGGCUCGUUCGAAAGAGAAGGCCCAGGGACGGACUCUGGUCCGCAAGAACAGUGGUUUAAGAGGGAAAGGAGGAGAACGCAUCAUCUACGUCCCCAAGGGCGAUACUACCUCCAAAGUCAUCAUCCAUCCUAUACGCUCCACCACGUUUGAUGCUCAUCGCAGAUUGUUUCUGACGCCUCCACGAGUCACUCGUCUGACCAGUGGUACCUCGACUCCGGCAUAUGGCCCUCCUCCAGCGCAGACAAAGCCCGGCCUCAACCUGGCUUUCCUCCAUCAAUUCCUCAGUCUCGCGAACAUCAUGAUUCCAAGAUUCCGGAGCAAGGAGACGGCGUUACUGCUGAGCCACGCUGUCUUCUUGAUCUUGAGAACAUACUUGUCUCUUCUGGUUGCGAGGCUCGACGGCGCAAUCGUCCGGGACUUGGUCGGCGGUCACGGAAAGCAAUUUCUGCUGGGGCUUGUGAGAUGGCUUUCCAUAGGCACACUGGCCUCGUACACCAACGCAAUGAUCAAGUUCCUCCAGUCCAAGAUAUCGAUCGCCUUCCGCACCCGGCUGACGAGAUACAUCCACGACCUGUACCUGAACUCCAACCUUACGUACUACAAACUCACGAAUCUAGAUGGCGGAGUCGAAGGCGCAGACCAAUUCAUCACACAAGAUCUUACACUAUUCUGCACGGCAGCCGCAUCAUUGUAUUCUUCUCUCGGAAAACCCCUGGUGGAUAUAUUUGUCUUUAACUACCAACUCUACCGCUCCCUUGGACCCUUGGCCCUGACCGGGCUUCUGGUCAAUUAUUUCGGCACCGCCACCAUGCUUCGGAGGCUCUCUCCACCAUUCGGGAAACUAAAGGCCGUUGAGGGUAAGAAAGAGGGAGAUUUCCGUGGGCUCCAUGCCAGAUUGAUUGCCAAUGCAGAAGAAGUGGCGUUCUACGGUGGUGCUGACGUCGAGAAGGUCUAUCUGGAUAGAUCAUUCAAAGAACUCCGCAGUUGGAUGGAGGGUAUUUACAACGUCAAAGUCCGGUAUAAUAUGCUGGAAGACUUUAUUCUGAAGUACUCGUGGUCGGCGUUUGGCUAUAUCAUUACUUCCAUUCCGGUUUACCUUCCUGCAUGGGCUGGAUUGAACGCGAUCCUCGAAGCCACUUCGAGUUCUGGUAGAGAGGUCACGGAUUCCUCUCGAUCGGGAUCCCACAUGAAAGAAUUCACUACCAACAAGAGACUCAUGCUCUCACUCGCCGAUGCCGGCGGUCGAAUGAUGUACAGCAUCAAAGACCUCUCUGAACUGGCUGGUUACACCUCGCGAGUGUACCAACUCAUCUCAACACUCCACCGCGUGCACGCCAACGCCUAUGCGCCCGUCAACCGCCGAGCCUCGCAAAGAAUUGAGCUCUACUCCCUUGCGGACGUGCAAGGCACGAUCCAACACGGCUUCGAUGGCGUGCGCCUUGAGGACGUCCCUGUCGUGGCACCAGGCCUGUGGCCUUAUGGUGGCGACGAGCUGAUCGAGUCUCUCUCCUUUAUCGUUCACAGUGGCGAACAUCUACUGAUAUCAGGGUCGAAUGGCGUCGGCAAAUCCGCCAUCUCGCGCAUUGUUGGUGGGCUUUGGCCCGUGUACCGCGGUUUGGUCUCGAGGCCCAGAAACAACGGCAUGGACGGAAUCAUGUUUCUGCCUCAACGACCGUACCUCAGCAUUGGCACGCUCAGAGAUCAAGUCAUCUACCCGCACACGGAGAUGGAUAUGCGGGAGAACGAUCGACGGGACAGCGAACUCGAACGGAUUCUAGAGGACGCCAAACUUGGUCACUUGCUGUCGCGAGAAGGAGGUUGGGAUACACGCAAGGAGUGGAAAGACGUGCUCUCGGGGGGCGAGAAACAGCGCAUGGCGAUUGCUCGCUUGUUCUACCAUGAACCCAGAUACGCGUUCCUCGACGAGGGAACCUCUGCAGUAUCCUCGGAUGUUGAGGGCUUGCUGUAUGAGCGGUGUAAAGAGAAGGGAAUCACGGUGAUAACCCUGUCGACGCGCGCCAGUCUUCGCAGGUACCACACAUUCAACCUGCUCCUAGGCCUUGGUGAGGAAGGUUUUGAUUGGGAGCUGGUGAGAAUAGGCACUGAGGAGGAGAAGUUGGGCCUGGAAAAAGAGAUCGCCGAGUUGAAGGAGAAGCUGGCUAUGGUGGAUACAUGGGAGAGGAGGAGAAAGGAGAUUCAGGACGAGUUAAAUCAAGUCUUUGUCGUUGGGGAUGGAAAAGACACCCAGCAAAAGGGAGAGUUGGAACGUCCAGGGUAUAUUACAGAGGAUGCUGAAUCGCACCAGGAAACUCCAUGA